AUGGCGUCAGAACCAUUUUCGAGAGAAAACGAUGCUUCUGCACAAAUCAACCCUGCACAUUUGAAAGAAUUAGAAAAGCAAGGUAAAAUAACCGGAGAUACAGUGACUAAAGUAUACGAUACAGUUAAAAAAGUUGUAAUGCUUAAAAAGAAAAUCGACAUUAUUGAUGAUUCUGAAUUUAUAUCACUUUGCUGUGAAAUCGACUUCCUUAAAAAAUGCCAUUCACCAAAUAUCAUUACUUAUUAUGGAGCUGUUUUAGAAGACAAUUCAAUUUCAAUCUUUAUGGAAUUUUGUGAGGGUGGAAGUUUAGAUAAAAUUUAUAAACAUGUUCGUCGAAGACAAGGAAGAAUUGGUGAACCUGUUCUGGGAAAGAUUGGAGAAUCAGUGCUGAAAGGAUUGAUUUAUUUAUACAGUCAACACAUUUUUCACAGAGACAUACAACCAUCCAAAAUUGUGGUAACAAGAAGAGGCGAGAUAAAAAUUUGUGAUUUUGGGUACUCCGGUGAUAUACCAUCUUACAUCACUACUAACUCUAACCUUUGUACAUCAUAUUACGUGGCCCCAGAACGUAUUCAAGGUCAAAAAUAUAAAGUAUCAGCUGAUGUAUGGUCCUUGGGAUUGACAUUAAUGGAGGUAGCGCAAAAUGAAUUUCCAUACCCAUACUCGCCAACUGUUUCUCCGUUUGAAUUAGUUGUAUAUAUUGUCAAUUCUCUGCCGCCUGUGUUAAAAGACGAAUAUGAUUGGAGUAGCGAAUUUAGGGACUUUUUGAAAAUUUCAUUAAAUAUAAGUCUAGAAAAGGAUGGAGAAAAAAGACCGACACCAAAGCAAAUACUCGAUCAUCCGUUUAUUUGGAGGUCUGCUAGCAGGGAAAUUCCUAUGCAUCGGUGGAUUAAGGAAGUUUGGGAAUGGGACGAUUAA